GAAUUUGGAGACAGCGUUUGAAUUUGAAGCUCGCCUUUCUUGGCAGCGCGCGGGCCUUCUUCAAUGGCCGCGGACAUUUCGAUCGAACGAUUUCGUUCAUUCUUUUGCGUCCACGAUUCUUUAUUACGAGGCUUUGUGCUGACGAGCAGCUUGGACUAGCUCGCCUCGGCGUGGCCUCUGCGGGAGACUUCGCGAUUGUACAGAGCGAGUGUUGGUGAAGUCCCUAUGAGAUGAUACGAUUGGGCGAAUAUGAGCCCGGAUGGUUGCGCAAUUCCGUCGACAAGUUUACACGAUUGAGACCUUGAUAUGAGCUGCAGUGUGAUCAUCAAUCGGCUGUUGUGAUUUGAUGUGAUAAGAUGUGGUGAUGAACUCGGGCGAGCAUUAGUUCGACAAGUUCGGCCACACUCGAAUUGACUCGGACAUCAUGAAGGCGACAAAGCACAUCCGCAGGCUACUUAAAGAUCUACAAGAACUGGCGGAUUCUUCUAUGGCUGAAGAAGACGGGGAAGACCGAGCUCAAGAUAAAGAAUUGCCAGCAGAAGAUAUAAACCUCUCCAGCGCCACAACGAGUGAACCAGGAGAUUCGAAGACUACGCCGAUGGAUUCGUCCAGCUCUGAAACAGACACGAGUACUACGUCAGAGAGUUUCGCCUCAAAAGUUCUUCAUGACGAGGUGCAAAGACUGGUACGACAACUGGGUGAUAGUCGAGUUCUUGUCGCUACACUUCAAGCGGAGAUUGAGAUGGUCAGACUGGAGAAGGAGGAGGAUCAUCAAAAUGAUCAUCUCACGAUCCAAAGGUUAGAAGCAGAGCUAACAAGGUUGGAACAACAAGCACAAGUUGACAUGGCUGGACUCAAAAAGAGACAGCAAGAGAUAGAACUUGAGAUACCAGCGAUGGAGCAACAAUCGAAGUGCCUGAAAGAGGUCUUGCACGAUCUCAACGUAUCAGAACCCUUAUAUGAAGAGCUACUAGCUAUUCCGGAGGAUAAGCGGAGUUUGAAGGCUCAUCUUCAAAUUUUAGCGUAUGAGAAGUUGAAGGCAUUCCGGGAGGAGAUUGAGGCCUUAAGAAAGGAACGAGACAACUCAAGGGAAUACUUGGGCCGACAAAACGAGGAAGUGGAGAGAAUGCAAAGAGAAGUACAGAGAAUAUCGGCUGCUGCUGCAAUUGCUAAAAGGGAUCUUGACAAGGAAAUGAGUGCUGUGGCGGCUCGCAAUGAGAGAUUAGAAGCGGAAUUAAGAGAAGCUCUGGUGAAAGUGGAAGUACUGUCAGCCAAAGGGUCUAUGUACGAUGAGGUCAAAGAGAAGCUGGACAAAGCAGAAGGAAGCAUUAUCGAUGCAGAAAAUAGUAAGGCAGUGAUGACAGCUACUUUGCAAGUUGUCACUGAUGAAAAGCAAAGACUACUUGAAGUGAUCAAAGAUAAAGACCAUUGUUUGGAUCUUCUCAGCAUGGACAAAAUCUAUCUGAGCCGAGAAGUCAAGGCACACUUGGAUCAAGUGAAGAAACUAGAGCAAGAGCUGGAACAUCAACAAGAGAAGCUACGGUCACUGAAAAAUACAAGACAAGAGCUGUAUAAUCGUGUCCUAUCAGAUAGUAGAGACACUCAAGCUGCCCACGAACAGCGUUUGCAAGCAAAGUUAGCGAGGCUUCAAGAAAGAGCUAAUCAGGAUAUCGAGCACAUAAGGAAAGAAGCAACUGAAGUUGCAGACGAAAAAGUGAAGACUUUCCGCGAGAUGAGAGACGCCGCACUAUCUGAAGCUGAACGGCUUCAGGUUAAUCUCAGAGAGAGCAAAUCCGUCCACGAUGAGCUUCUUACAAAAUACCAUGAGCAUCUUCGAGUGUCAGAGGCCAAGGAAAUCGAAACUAGAAGUCUGAUUAAAGUCCGAGAUUUCGAGCUCGAGCAACUGCGUGUUGCUCAACAGGAGAUAAAAUGCACGAUGAACCAGAAAUCUAUCGAAAAUGAAGCACUAGCAGAAAAGGUCAAGAUUUUGACCGAGAAAUUCCAUAUAUAUGAGAUGGAGUCAGAGAAAUCUGCUUUUCUAUUAAGAAAUGAGCUUGAGAUGGCACGUCGCAAGUUGAAGAAGUAUGAAAGUCAAGCUCUUGGUCUCCGCAACCCAAGUACGGAAGAUGGAGGAGGUGGACUACAGAAUCACGAUGUAGCCUGCACAAGUGGUGAGAAGGUUGGACCGGACUGCCUAACCGUGGUCAAAAGAAGCGCAUCUGCCCAGACUUCCGGACGAAUAUCGCCUCGUGAACAUGCGCAAAAGGUGGCUCUCAAGCAGGUGUAUACUCUCAGCGUGACUCAAAACAACGAGAAAAAAGUGCUUGCUGUCGGGCAAUCUCUCCCCACUUUGCAGAACGCGACAGAGAACGAGAGACGAGAUGACCAACAUGAUUGUCAGCGGUUGCACAGAUUACAACUCGACUUGAGGAGAAUUUUGGAGAGCAGAGGAACUCUGGAAAAUUUCCAGAAUCUCCUCAAAGAAAAAGGAAUUCACAUUUCGGACAGUGUCCUUAAGAAAAUCACUAGAGCAAAAGGAGCAGAGACUACUACUUGACAUGUACAAUCAUCAACCGAUUCGGGCUAUCGAGGUAUUAAAAUGCCUCGGUUGACAGACCUCGAGUGCCACACAUUUAGCCUUCCUCCGUUACGGAUCUCACCUGUAUAGUAGAUGUAUCUCAUAUAUUGGACUUAUUGACAAACGUAAACACGAUCAUCUCGGCAAAUGAGUACCAAACGGCAGAUAGUGAACUAUAUGUUAGUAUAUCAAAUUUUCAGAUCAUUAAUCACAUUGAGAGAUGAAUAAAACAGCAGACUUCAAUUGUUACUC